AAUAUAUUGUCUUGUCAAAAAUAUAUAAACGUUUCUUUCCGUUGGCAAUAUAUUGUCAUAUUGAUUGACAAAUCCCCCGUGUUAUGUAAGACGUUUUCAUUUUCACAUAAUCAGGGCCUUUUACCGUACAGUACAUUUCUUUUAAUGCCGCCAUUGUACGUAUCAAGAUUAAAAGAAGCUGUAUGUUCUUAAGCUAAUACUUCGCGUGUAAACUAUUUGUUUUGCUCAAAUUAACACCUAGCGUAGAUAAAAAUCUCGCAAGACCCCACACAAAAGGGGACGUCACCUUCGACCAAUCACGACGGAGCGUUCGACGCCAUUUCCGGUAUUGAUUUGAUCAUCUGAGCUGGUGAGCAAACAAGAGGAGACUGCGACACAAACCGCCUUCCGUUCGACCCUUGCUUAAUUCAACCCAAACAAAGAGCGAAGGUCAGCCGCGAUGAUUUGACCACCUUCGAACGAUGGUAUGGAGAAUAAGCGAAAUAUAAAAAUCGUCGUUCUUGGUGACGGUGCCGUUGGGAAAACGUCGCUCUUGCUAAGCUAUUUAACCAACGAUUUUCCAAACGAAUAUGCACCAACCGCAUUCGACAACUACACAGUGUCUGUAUCGGUGAAUAAAGUGCCGUGUACUGUACAAUUCUGCGAUACUGCAGGGCAGGAGGAUUUCGACUCUUUACGUCCGUUUUCCUACCCGCAGACCGAUGUUUUCGUGCUUUGUUUCAACAUAAUGGCACCCUCCUCAUUUCUCAAUCUUAAACAACGAUGGCUGCCGGAGAUCGACAAAUACAAACCGACCACACCCGUCGUGUUGGUCGGCACGCAUUGUGACCUGCGGUCUAACGUUGAAGCACUCAUCUCGCUCAAAAACAAUCACUUAAAUCCCAUUUCCAAGGACCGUGCAGAGACAUUAGCGAAAAAGAGUCGCGCCGUUUGCUAUGUGGAAACAUCAGCACUGACUUUAAAGAAUGUUAAAAAGGUUUUUGAUGAAGCGAUAGGGGCUGCAUUGUCUCCCUAUAAACGAAAACGCUCGCGCGAGACAAAAAAACAUUGGACAAAAUGCGUCAUUAUGUAGUAAUACUACAUGAAGUAUAUGAAUGAAAGCAAUUACUCUCGGUUUUAAUUUCCAUUUGAAAACUUACUCUGAAUGUUGUUUUUAAGUCCUCGAAGUUCGUUGCUGAGUUCUGAAAGCCUUGAACCUCCACGUGAACCUUCUUUUAUUAAGCAUCAUAAUUUCUGAUUGGCUGCCUAAAAAUAGCAACCAAUCAGAAUUGAUCAAAUCAAUUCUUAUUGCUACAUCGUGGAUCAAUCAGACAAACCUUGCAACGAGAACAUUAUGAAACACAAACAGCCGAACAUUCGAGGUAAUAUUUUCAAAAGCAAUAUAAACAUCGAGAGUGUCAAUGGCUUGGCUUAUAAAGCAAAUGGGUUUAUAGACCUCAUUAAAAAAAGCCGCGGUAACAACAAUAUUCCUUCGCGAACAUUCAUUCUUUUUCAUGGCGGAAAUUAAAUUGAAAUCUUUCUUUAAAAAUUAUAUUAUAAUAUUAUAUUAUAAUAUGGCCGGACAAACAUACUUCGAUUAAUUUUAUUUUUCAUUUCCAACUAUGAGAAAUGUCCAUUUUAAAAUUACGAUUAAUUGUUUGUGCAAUAAUGCUUACUUAUCAUGUAACAUAAAGAAUAACAGAUGUAACAUAUAGAUAUAAAUUAAAUAAUAACUUAAUUUCUUAUCGAUACUUGGGUAUAGUCGGACUCGACGCAAAAUAUCAUCCACAACUCAUAAUCUAAUGCAAUAAUAAACAUUGGCCUCUCCAUAAUGUGGGACAUAGUUAUCAAUCGUAGAUCUGAAAGAACAUUAUAUUUUAGUCAUCAAUAGCUAGUCAAGCAAAACCAAAGCUGUAAAUUCGUUCUUGUAGCUGUAUUUAUUAAUAUAUCCAGACGCAGAAAUAUUAAACCAUGUGUGGAAUUCAGUCGAAUGUGAUUCCUUA